AUGCGUUUAGCUAUUUUAAAUAGACCAUGGAUUUCAGCUUACGGAAACUUCUUUAGUGCAGCUAAAAAGAAUUUAAGCAGAGAUAUUGGAGAGAGCUUGACAACAUUAUUUCUUGGAGUUCCUGGAAAUCAUAAGGUUUCUACAUGGGCGAUCCGAACUAUAGAAUAUUGCUAUUUGGUUCAAACACCGACUGGAAUGAAUGAAACUUGCAGAUUACUUCCACGGCAAAUUGCUGUUUUAUCCUAUAAAGGCAAUACCAGUGAAGGAUUUUCUAAACAGAAAUUAGUGAAUACAUGGAAUCGAGCCAUAGAAUAUGGUAAAAUAGGGCCAUUCGAAGUCUAUCGUAAUGGAUCUGAAUUUGAGCUUAAAGUGGACAAACCGAUUGGUUUUACCAGCCCAUCACCAACUAACGCUUCCGGAAAUAUUACUCUUCCUACGGUCAGACCAUUUCAAAGUGCCAUGAGAAUUACAUCUCAAGUUCUUGGAGGAAUAUCAUUGGCCGGUUGUAUUCUAACAUUUAUAACCUAUAUUAUUUUUAGAUCUAUCCGUCAAAAAAGAGCAAACCAAAUAAUUUGUUUCAUCUGCAUCUCUAUUGCUAUUUAUCAAGUAUUUAACUUUUUUGUCCAAACUUCAAAUUCGAACGAACCACUUUGCAAAGCUAUCGGAAUCCUACUCCAUUUUACCUUAUUAUCAGCUAUAAUGUGGAUGACAAUAUUAGCUUUCCACUUCUACUUUGACUUGAUUCGCGUCUAUUCUGAAGUAAAUCAAAUUUCUAACUUCAAAUUUAUGCUAUUUAGUUGUUCAGCUGGAUUUGGCAUUCCUGGAACUUUGACCAUGGUUGGAAUAACUCUUGAUAGUAGUAACGCAUCAGUAAUUUAUCACACUGGUAGCUUUUGUUGGCUUACAGAUGGCACUUGGGAAACAACCUUAUUUCUUAUGCCUGUUCUUGUCCUGUCUGGUAUUAAUUUGAUCAUCUUUCUAAUAAUAUUUCAAUUAAUUCGUCGAUUAUCACGAGAGCGCAAUCAAGGCGUUACGUUUGCUCAAGUUAUAUCACUUAUGGCGUUGGUUACAGCAUUUGGUUUAGCAUGGCUAUUCUCGGCAGUUGAAUUAGCUAGCGAAGGUGAAGCCAAAGAUGUUUUCGGUGGAAUAUUUAUCGUCCUAUCACAAUUACAAGGUACACUACUGUUUUUCCUGUAUUGUGUUGCUAAGAAAGAAGUUCGAAACAAAUACUUGGAAUUAUUCGGUUACGGAAAAAUCUCUACCUCCGCAUCUGAAUUUUCUGGCAAGCACACGAUUAAGACUAAUAUUGGAUCUCAAUCAGUUGCUCAUACGUCGAAAAUUACUGAUCAUAGUGUCGCCUAUAAUAGUUACUUUGAGUCAAGUAAAGAAAUUGACAACCCGGUACCAGCUCAACAAAUUACUGCUGUACAAGACCUCGAAAGUCAAAAUGCAGUCCAAUUUUAA